AUGGGCUCGGACGUGAAUGCGCUGGCGCUCGAGCUGGGCGGGACGCUGGCGGCAGUAAAGAACCUAGACUUGUCGAACAGUACCAAGCACGAUGACAAGGGGGACGACGAGAGCCCCAAGACGCCGACAGCGAAGCGGCCCCCUGCGAUGGCGAUGGCCACGCCGAAAGCGGCCUCGGACCCCAACGACGCCGACGACGAGGCGGGCGUCGGCGGGGCCGUCACGCCCAACGAGGAGGACGAGCAAGGCGGCGCCGUGACGCGCUGGCUGAUGGGCGGGCCGUUCGGCGACGGCGCGGCCGCCGCGGGGGCCAUGUCGUCGCCGUCCCGCUCUGGCCUGAGCAGGACAGCGAGCCACGCGACGACGGACACGGACCUGACGUCGCCGAGCGCGGCGGGCAACAAGCGCGCUACCUCCCGCGCACGCUCGUCAAGCCUCGAGUCGUACGUGUCCGGAUACUCGCCGCGCCUGGUCCCCUCUACGACGCCGGCGAGCCCGCCCGCCGACCUGUGGCGCCCGUUCACGCGCGACCCGGCCGACUCGACAUGGCACGGGUACGCGCCCAGCUCGCCGUCGACGAUGAGCUCGACGGACCUCGCGCACCCGACACACCCGGGCAUCGACGCGGUCCUCGGCCUGCGCCACUGGUCGGCGCACGCGAGCGAGCGCGACGCGCCGGCGCACAGCGUCACCGACGCCGCUAGCGAGAGCAGCGCCGGUGGCCUGCCGGCACAUAUUGCGUGGACGGCCGGCGUGGGCCGCGUGCCCAGAGCGAGCAUCAGCACUGCGCGCCCGCCAGAGUCGACGGCCGCGUCCCCGCUCAUCCGCGCAGAGGACGACACGGUACACCACGAGCAGCUGCAGCUGCACGAGCUGGGCGUCGACGCGGCGGCGGCACGGGGCGAGACGCCGCGCGCAGACGCGCUCGGCGCGCUGAGGGCGCUGAGUGCGCGGCCGGCGCUCGCGCCGCUGUGGGCCGAGAUCGCGGCGUCCGCCGCGCGGUGCAGCGAGAUCAUCGACGACGCGGUGCUCGCUAGCGCGGGCGUGCUGCCCCCCGUGCCGGACGCAGGCAGCGGGCAGUCGUAUGACCCAGGCGCUCGCGCCGUCUUCCGCCUGCUGAGCCGGCUGCCGGCCGACGCGGGCAUUUCGAGCAGCGAUGUUGCAGUGCUCCCGGCCGACCUGGCGUCGGUCUCGGCGUGGAGUGUCGCGAGCGACGCUUCGGGGUCGGCGGGCUCCGCCACCGACACUGCCACCGACGCGACGGCCACGGACAUCACGACCGACAGCGCGGUCACGGCGACGUCUACGGACAGUGCGAGCGACACUGCCGCGACCGACAUUGCGACCGACAACUCGACCGACCCCGCAGGGCCGACGUCUACGGGCUUGAACUCGACGACGCUCCCGCUCAACUCGACCGACUACAACACGACGCGCAACGCCACGCACCACGCCAACAACGGCACGCACCACGGCAACGCCACCGCGCCGCUCCUCAACUCGACCAACGCGACGGGCAACGGCGCGCACCUCGCCCCACUGGUAUGGGAGAGCAUCGUGCCGGUCGGCAACGUGCUGUGCGGCGCGUCGUUCUCCAACGUCAGCGACACGUGCUGCGCCGCGAGCAAGGGCAGAGUCGGGCUGCAGGCCAUCCCGGCGCAGUGGCCCGACGGGUCCAACUCGACCGGCGUGCAGCACACGUGCCUCAUCCCCGCGGCGGGGCGCGACGACGCGGCGCUGCAGGCCGCCGCGGCCAAGUUUGCCAACUGCGCACGAUACCAGAGUAACCAGCUCGCCGUGUCGUGCUCUGUGUCGACCGAGCCGCGCGUCGCGGCCGCUGGCAGGCGGCGCGCGGCGCUCGCUGUAGGUGUGCUGGCCUGGGCGCUCGCUGCGACUGUCGUCGCGCUGUAG